UCGAAUUUGCGAGGCCCCCGCACAUCACUCUACCAAUUUGAAAGAUGAAGUUUGCCACUGGACUUGUUCUUGCCGCUGUCGCGGUCGCCGGUGUUUGCGCUGAGUCCACCACCACGCAAAUCGACCCCAAGUCCCUGCCGGUCCAAGACCCAAAGUAUAUCGAGGGUCUUGGCCCACAGACGCCCGCCGGCGACAACCCGAAGAUCAAGGAGGCUAUGAAGUCACUGGAAGGCUCGCAUGAUGCCUCGAGUGGCAGCAACUACUACACGGUCGACCCUCGCGAUCUGCCCAAGUACGACCCUAAGUUUGGUUUUGGUCCCGGUCCUGCCUUGCUCCCUGGCAUGCCAGGCUACGGCAAGAACGACGCGGCCAACAAGGCCUGGGAGGAAUUCCAGAAGAAGGAAGGUGGAUCUAACAAUGGCAAAACGCGUGCUUUGGAGGCUGCCGAGUCUACUAACACCUUCCAAGUCGACCCCAAGUCCCUGCCGGUCCAAGACCCGAAGUAUCUCGAGGGUCUUGGCCCUCAGACCCCCGCCGGCGACAACCCGAAGCUUAAGGAAGCUAUGAAGUCGCUGGAAGGCUCGCACGAUGCAUCGAGUGGCAGCAACUACUAUACCAUCGAUCCCCACACGCUGCCGACCCAAGACCCGAAGUAUCUCGAGGGCCUUGGUCCCAUGACCCCUGCUGGCCCCGACGCAAAGAAGGCCAUGAACGAUUUGGCUUCGAAAGAAUCGGGCACCACUACCACGCUUGAUACCACAAAGACUGCUCCUCCACUAGACCCUGCGAUGUACGAGGGUCUCGGCCCUGUUGUGCUCCCUGGCAUGCGUGGCUAUGGCCAAAAUGCUCAGUUCAACAAGGCCUGGAAAGAGUUCACCAAGCAGGAAGGCGCAUCUACUAGCGCCAGCGGCAGCAGUGCCUCCAACUGCCCCGAGGUUUGCCCCGAUGUGUAUGACCCUGUGUGCGGCUCGGACGGCGUCACAUACAGCAACUCGUGCUUCCUGGGCAUUGCUAGCUGCAAGAACCCCGACAAGCACAUCGCCAAGGUCUCGGAGGGUCCUUGCGCCAAGCAGACUACGCAGUCUACCCAAAACUAACUCGUUGAGUAUCUUUUUCAUGAAGUGUCAUCUAUUGAACGCUUUAACAGGCUAAUCAAUUCACACGCAUUCUAAGACUUUUUUUGGCAACCGGUA